AUGGUUGGUAACAAGUGUAAGGCACACACCAUCGCGAUGUUCUUCGCCGAGGAAAGGAUCGAUGUCCACAACUUGAACUUGCGGGCUAUGAAAGGGCCACCUGCACCACCGCCAAUCCCAAGUCCUGUCCCGUAUCUGAUGGCGCGCAUAUUCCCCAACAACCAAUCGAGCAACCGACACAGCAGCCUGCACCUAGCAGCGUUUAUCUAA